CAUUACCUCGAAGCAAGAAACAGACGGUUAGAAGGGCGAGCGUCGAAACGAUCGUUUCUUGACGCUUUGCUUCCCCCUCCCUCCCUCCCUCCCUCGUUUCUUUGCUCGUCAGAUCUGCCCAAGAUUGCUUGAUCCAUCGCAACCCUCUGUCGACUGACGUCGUCGGAUCCGAGGAGGCCCGGAGGAUGCGGGGUUCGAUCGCCACCUACAAGGAGAGCCUCACCCGGAUCGCCGACGGGAUCUUGGACGCUGCCGACGAGCCCCACGGCCCCCAGGCUCUUGCCACCGAAGGCGAGGAGUCGCCACGUCGGUUUCCCCGCCGGAGCCUGCCGAGGGUAUCGCCACCGCCUGGUUCUCCCAUCGCCAAUGGGGUCGAUUCCGGACGCCAGGACGAGGGAAAUGCUGAAGUGUCCCCCAAUAGAUGGCAAAUACAUAGUUCCCAACAGAAUCCACAUCCUAUGGGAAACCAUUCAUCUAAGGUUAAUGUUCCCAAGCAGGAUGGUAUCAGCAAUGGGGCCAUACAAACGCAAGAGCAUGAUGCUGUGAAACGAAAUAUGGAGCUGACAUAUGCAAAUUCACAGGGCAAUGGACAGGAGCAUCCAGGUUUGUUUCAAGAGACCAACAUAUCUCUGGCAGCAGUAAAGGUUAGCCUCGAGGCCGAAAUUAAACAACUAAGGGAGCAACUCGACCAAGAGCACGAAAGUGCAUUACUUUUAAAACAGAAACUGCAAGAGGAAUGCCAGCUGAAUGAGUCUUAUCAGAGCGAACUUAAUGAUCUGAAGAUGGAUAAAAAAAGGAGCUCCAUUGAGUUGAAAGAGUUGCAAAAGGACUUAAAUAAGAAGAUAACAGAAUUAGGACAACUAGAAGCAGAACUGAGGAAAAGAGACAUGGAACAAGAACAUAAUAUUCCUAUGGAGAAUGCAAAAAGCAUGAUUAUGACUUUAGAGAAGGAAAAUGCAAAGCUAAAGAUAGAGAAGGAUGAACUUGAGAAGAAUAUGAAACUUUGCAUGAAGAGUUCAGUUGAGAAUACAGUUGACUCUGAGGAUACAGAGAAUAUGACACUUUCAAAAAGAAAGUUGGAGGAAGCACUAGAAGAGACCUGCACAGAACGAGACAAGGCAUUACAGGAAUUGGCCCGACUUAAGCAACACAUACUAGAGAAGGAACUUGAAGAUUCAGACAAGAUGGAUGAGGAUAGUAAAAUGAUUGAGGAACUUCAGGCAAACUGUCAACACCAAAUAACUCACAUAUCGCAGUUGGAGAAGGCUCUAAAGCAUGAAAUAGAGAAGAAAGAAGAGUUUAUGAAACUUAAAAAUGAUGAACUUCACAAGUCAAAUGAAGCAAUUAUCGAUCUGAUGCAAAAACUUGCAAAUUGUAGGAGCAUAGUUGACUCAAAAAAUGUUGAAUUGCUAAACCUUGAGACUGCCCUUGGCCAGUACUUUGCUGAAAGUGAAGCCAAGGAACGAUUGGCAAAAGAUUUGGCUAUGGUAAGAGAAGAAGCUGCUAAAUUUUCUGACUCAUUAAAGGCUGCAAACAAUGAGCUGGAAAUAUCAAGUAGAGAAAAAGAUGAGAUGAUUGCUAAACUCACACAGACUGAGAGGACUGUAUCAGAAGGAACGCACUUCAUACGUAAACUUGAGGAGGAUAAUGCAAAGUUACGCCGUGCCCUUGAGCAGAGCAUGACAACAGUAAAUAGAAUGUCUCUGGAUUCAGAUAACUGCGUUGACAGGCGAAUAGUGAUCAAAUUGUUAGUGACUUACUUCCAGCGGAACCACAGCAAAGAGGUUUUGGACCUUAUAGUUCGCAUGCUGGGUUUUACCGAGGAAGACAAGCAAAGGAUAGGCUUUGCACAACAUGCUGCUGGCAAAGGCAUCGUUAGGGGCAUGUUAGGUCGGACAGGGCGUCUGGUUGGAGGCUUUUUGGGAGGAAAUUCACCUGAAACAUCAUCAUCUUCAGAUAAUCAGUCUUUUGCAGACCUGUGGGUUGACUUUCUUCUCAAAGAAACUGAAGACAGAGAGAGGAGGGAAUCUUCGGAAGCAUUGGGCGCGUCCAGCAGCCAAGCCGGGAGGCACAUGCUCGAAAGCCCCAGAGAAUGCCACCAACAUACCUAGUAGCAGCAGCAGUUCGCCAACGGAUUCAAAGAUUGCCAUCGAAACAUGGACGAUAGAAAAUUGCCUGUGAGUGCACAUUCUUUUUUUUUUCUAAUUUUUUUUUUAAUUUUUUUUGUUCAUAAUAAGGGAACAAUUGUUUCUAUUCUAUUUUAUUUAUCUAACUCUUUUUUCAAAGCAA